GACUGGCGGCAGCGGUGUGUCAGUGGCGGCGAGCGAGCGCAUGUUGGCGCGCUGCCUGCGAUGGAAUCCGACCGUUCGAUUCCUCCGCGAGUCGCUGGAGCGCGCCGGCUGCCCCGUGGGCGACGAGUUCUUUGCUGCGCGCCGAUGCGACGAGCAGGCCGGGGGGGGCUUCAUGCCGGGCGAAGGGGUGGUGGUGUGCGCCAACCACGUGGCGUCGCAGGACGAGGUGAACGUAGUGGUGGCGCAUGAGCUGGUGCACGCCCUCGACCACUGCAGAGCCGCCAACCUCGCAUGGCCCGACCUCCAACACCACGCAUGCAGCGAGAUCCGAGCGGCCAAUCUGAGUGGGGCGUGCCACAUGCACCGCGAGUUUGCCACUCGCGGCUCCGACUUUGCCUUCCGCAACGGCCACCCGCAGUGUGUGCGGCGCAAGGCGCAGCUCUCCGUGGCCAUGAACCCCUUCUGCACGCAACCUACCCCUGCCACCGCCGAUGGCAGCAGCAGUAACAGCAACGCCAGUGGCGACAGCAGCAGCAGCAGCAGCAGCAGCAGCAGCAGCAGCAGCACAGCGUGCAUGGCGAGAGCGCGGGGUGCAGUGGAUGCGGUGUGGGAUGUGUGCUACCGAGACACCACUCCCUUUGACCGCAUCCCAUGACGCCACAUGCACACACACCAUACUCAGACACCACGCCACGAUGCUUGUACAAGGGGUAUUUUUUUGCUUUCUCUUAUGGAUGGAUCAUGUAUAUUAAUAACCGUUCCAGCCACAAUGGCUGAUACAGCAGAGCUUUUAUUG